AACAUCGCGCAUCCCUAGCCAUUAGCGUGUGUACAUAUAUACACACAACAGCACUCUUCCCUUUGUGUGUGCGCUCUUUCUUGUCAAUCGUAUUGUAUUAUACGAAUUAUAAGAAUUGAUUUUGAAAGUGAUACUUUGUUGUGCAAAAGAAAGAUGAAGAUAAAGCGCAGUAAAUCUCUUUCUCCUGAACCAUCUAGUAGCAGAGAUACAAAACGUAUAAAAUUUGAAAAAACUACAAAUUUAAAUAGAGUAACAUCUUCGCCAAACAUACUUGAAUUUUCAGAUGAUGUUUUACUCAAUAUAUUGAAAUAUUUAUAUCCGCAAGAUCUCAUGGCAGUCAGUUUAUGUUGCCACAGACUUGCACAAUUAACGCAAGAUAGAACUCUAUGGAGAAGAGUAGAUUUUCGAACAAAGCCGAUGCUUUUAAAUGAUUUAGACAGGUACAUGAAAUUCCUGCAACCAAUAACAAUGAGUUUGGCAAUACGUGGCAAUUUUGUCUCUGGCGAAUGUUCAGAACAUCUUACACAAAGAUUCUUUGAGAAUGUGAAGACACUAUGCAAUCAGCUUAAAGAAUUGAUUAUUGAAGAAUAUUAUAUCAAUGGAGACAAGAUUCAAAUAACAGAUUUUCCAUGUACCAUUGAAAAGCUUUCAUUAGAAGGUUGCCAAAUGGAUUAUCUACAAAGAUCUAAUAAAUCUUAUUUUUUUAAAAUGGAUUUAUACAUGCCUAAUUUGACAUGUUUAAUUUUGAGCCAUUGUCAAUGGUUUACGCCACAUUCCUUACUAGUUAUCAGUAAAAUACCCAAACUUAAAGAACUUAGAUUGAAUUCAUGUCAUCGUCUGGGUGAAUGUGUUGCGUAUGCUAGUCUAGCAACUAGAUUUGGAUUUAAAACAUUGGAGAUUUUAGAUUUACGGGAUACGGCACUCGGGGAUAGCGAGGUCGGUUGUUUUAGUAGCACUAAAACUUUGACACAUCUUUAUUUGGAAUGUCCUUCCACAUUAAGAAAUGAAGAGUCUUUUGAGAUUAUGCAACAGGUGCGAGAUCAACCGCAAGCUUUACAAUUACCGAUAUUUGAAGAUAAUAAUGUAGCACAGUUUUUCAUGGAGAAUGCACCUACUUUUGAGAAUAAUGGAUUUCAACGGUGUUUAAUAUCAGAUAGAGCAAUUUGUGCUCUUGGAAGCGAUUCUUGUGAUAGAAAAGUGAUAAACAACUCUCCGCAAGGGAUGAUAAUUUUACAAGAAAAUAGACGAAUAUCUAACAAUCCAAAUCUUAAAAUAUUAGUUGUUAGAAAUUACCCACGUGUAACAAAUUCAAGUCUUGUCCAUUUGGCUUUAAAUGCAUCAAGAUUAGAGUACUUGGAUGUAACUGGUACUUCUGUAACAAAGGAUGGUAUCGAAUCGUUUAAAUCACAGAAAACCAAUGUUAAGGUUGUUUCGUCUUUUGAUGAGACAUAGUUGAUUAUAUGUUAUAUAUUAGGAAUUAAUGAAUAUUUAUUAAUAUUUUUAUUUAUAGAUAAUUAAUACUUCUUAAAAAGUAUGAAUAUUUGUAUACACAUGCCUCUCUCUUAUACUUCGAUGUUAAAGUCUAUAUAGUGUUCAAACUAUUUUCUAGAUAAAAAUAAUUUCGAUUGACUAAGUAUGAUUUAU